AUGGUCGCUGGCCGCGUACUGCCGGUCGGGAGAGCCCGUCAACGGACAAACCGUGUACAAGGUCAGUUACCACUUACCGGCAACCCGGCUAGUUCCGCGACCCGUUGCCCGGGGAACAACCCCAGACCAUUGGGUACAGAAACGAUGAUAAGUCCGCCGUGGAUGAGGCUGACACCAGCCAACCGUUUACCCCAGAGCGCACGAUUACAAUUUGUAUAG